CCCAUCCCCCGGCUCUAGUGCCCGACCUGCUGCAGCCCGAGCUAGGGAAGCGGAGCGUGGUGGGGAGGGGAGCGGGGCAGGCGACCCUGGAGACUGCGGCGCCGCGGCCUCUCCCCACCAGGCAGCCCAGGAUCCCACUGGACACCCUGAGGUCACACCGAUGGCGUAUCUAGAGUCACUACGCGCCGACCCCUCCCCUCUUCUCUAGACUUCUUCCCAUCCCUCUUGCCUUUAUCCAUCCCAACCUUCCCUGGGCUCCGGACCGCCGCCCUCUUCUCACUCUUGGACGGGCCCUUCUCGGCGCCCCUCUUCCCCAAGGAGAUGCGAUGAGCCACUGCCCCCACGUCCUCAUCGCCGCCCCGGGCACUGUGCCCGUCCGGUGUCCGUGGUGGGGAGGGAGCACCCCGCUAUCCCCCCGUGACGCCCCUCCCUUGGCUAUUCCCACAGCUGGAGUCCCCGGUCGAUACCCCAGGGGACCUAGUAAGGGGGUGGGCUCUAGAGCGAGGGGAGUGGAGAGAAAGGACUGGGCCUUGGGCGCUUCUGAGAUGCUCCCAAGCACCAGGGAGGGUGGAGCGAGGUUCAGGCAACCUGGUGGCAAGCAUGAUGCCCUCUCCUAGUGACUCCAGCCGUUCCCUGACCAGCCGGCCCAGCACCCGGGGCCUUACCCACCUCCGCCUUCACCGACCCUGGCUGCAGGCCCUGCUCACGCUGGGGCUGGCUCAGGUGCUCCUGGGCAUCCUGGUGGUAACCUUCAGCAUGGUGGCCUCUUCUGUCACCACCACAGAGAGCAUCAAGAGGUCCUGCCCAUCUUGGGCUGGGUUCUCGCUGGCGUUCUCCGGGGUGGUUGGCAUUGUGUCCUGGAAGCGGCCAUUCACUCUAGUGAUCUCUUUCUUCUCCUUGCUUUCGGUGCUCUGUGUCAUGCUCAGCAUGGCUGGCUCUGUUCUCUCCUGUAAGAACGCUCAGCUGGCCCGGGACUUUCGAGACUGCUCCAUGGAUGGAAAGGUCUGUGUGUGUUGUCCUCCUAUCCCCCUCCUCCGGCCCUGUCCAGAGUCGGGGCAGGAACUGAAAGUUGCCCUUAACUCCACCUGUGAUGAAGCCCGAGGGGCCCUUAAGAACCUGCUUUUCAGUGUCUGUGGGCUCACCAUUUGUGCCGCCAUAAUUUGUACCCUCUCUGCUAUUGUCUGCUGUGUCCAAAUCUUCUCCCUGGACCUCGUGCAUACGCUGGCCCCUGAGCGCUCAGUUUCAGGCCCCCUGGGGCCUCUGGCCUGUACAUCCUCACCUCCAGCCCCUCUCCUACACACCAUGCUGGACUUGGAGGAAUUUGUACCGCCUGUGCCCCCACCGCCAUACUAUCCCCCAGAGUAUACCUGCAGCUCAGAAACAGAUGCACAGAGCAUCACGUACAAUGGCUCCAUGGACAGCCCAGUGCCCUUGUACCCUACUGAUUGUCCCCCUUCUUACGAGGCUGUCAUGGGGCUACGAGGAGACAGCCAGGCCACUCUGUUUGAUCCUCAGCUGCACGAUGGCUCCUGCAUCUGUGAGCGAGUGGCCUCCAUUGUAGAUGUGUCCAUGGACAGCGGGUCUCUGGUGCUGUCAGCCAUUGGUGACCUCCCCGGGGGCUCUAGCCCAUCGGAGGACUCGUGCCUGCUGGAGCUGCAGGGCUCCGUGCGCUCCGUCGAUUACGUGCUCUUCCGCUCUAUCCAGCGCAGCCGCGCCGGCUACUGCCUCAGCCUGGACUGCGGCCUGCGGGGCCCCUUUGAGGACAGCCCCCAGCCUCGGCGGCCCCCUCGGGCUGCCCGCUCCUAUUCCUGCUCUGCCCCUGAGGCCCCACCCCCCCUGGGUGCCCCCACCGCUGCUCGCAGUUGCCACCGCCUGGAGGGCUGGCCGCCCUGGGUGGGCCCCUGCUUCCCCGAGCUGAGGCGGCGGGUCCCCCGGGGAGGAAGCCGCCCAGCGGCGGCCCCUCCCACCCGAGCCUCAACUCGACGCUUCAGCGAUAGCUCAGGUUCCCUCACCCCACCGGGGCACCGGCCUCCUCAUCCGGCUCCCCCGCCACCGCUGCUGCUGCCCCGGUCCCACAGUGACCCGGGCAUCACCACCUCCAGCGACACUGCUGACUUCAGGGACUUUUAUACCAAAGUGCUUGAGGAAGAAGUUGCCUCUGUUUCCUCUGCAGAUACAGGACUCUGCUCUGAAGCCUGCCUCUUCCGCCUAGCCCACUGCCCUUCCCCCAAGCUGCUACGUGCCCGCUCAGCCGAGAAACGACACCCUGUGCCCACCUUCCAGAAGGUUCCCCUGCCCUCGGGCCCUGCACCUGCGCACUCUCUGGGGGACCUGAAAGGAAGCUGGCCUGGCCGCGGCCUGGUCACUCGUUUCCUCCAGAUGUCCAGGAAGUCCCCAGACCCCACUGGGACUGGAGCCCAUGGACAUAAGCAGGUGUUCCGGAGCCCGUGGGUCCGGCCAGGCCGUGAGAGCCUCCACCUAAGAAGCUGUGGUGAUCUGAGCUCUGGCUCCUCGUUGCGGCGACUCCUGUCUAGCCGCAGGCUAGAGCGAGGAACUCGCCCCCACAGCCUCAGCCUCAAUGGGGGCAGCCGGGAGACUGGGCUUUGACCCAAGCUUCUUGUCACACUGAACAGAUCCAGAUGAGUGCCGGGACCACAGGCCCCAGCUGGUUGGGACUAGCAUUCCCUUGCACUGGAUGGCACAAAAAGAAACCCUCUGUAUACCCCCGAAAGUGUCUGUUUUCCUCCUAACUUUGGGGGUUCCUGCUGCUUACCUCUGCCCUUCUGGACUGGGGGAGCUUCUGUCCUGUGCUGCAUGGGUGUUCAGGCGGUGGGGGACAUGUGCCUGCUUUCAGCAUUGGAGGAAGAAAACAAACUCCCUCCAGCAUAGAGUGACUCUUUCUGAUCCUCAGGGGCACUGCGAUCAGGGCAAAGGCAUGGCCCUGGUGUUCAGGUACAGGGGGAUUUGUGCCUAAGUGAUGGGCUGGUGAGGCAGGUUUGAAGAGUCAGAGAAAUGUGGGUGGCCUCUCAGCUCCACCACCUCUAGCUGCAUGACCUUGGGCAAGUUAUUUAACCUCAGUUGCCUCAUCUGUAAACCAUUGUGAAGAUGAAUGUUUGUAAAGCUCUUAACACACAAAGUAAGCCUUCAAUAAAUUUCAAUUUCCCCCUUCUCUCCUGGAU